AAUUCAAUGUCAAAAUCCGUGGGUUUCCCCCGAAGCCCGGACGCCAUUUCCAUUUCUUUAGUGCCUUGUCUAGCCUGCCUCUCACUGAGAGUCUGAGAGAAGCCCUUAGGCCCCUUGCUCUGGAGAUUUUUUUUUUCUUUCUUCAAGCCGCUAAACUAGGGUCCCCUGGCUCUUGCAUUCGACCACUGACGAUGGCGUCUUCUAGCGUAAGCCCUCCCAUUCUCUUCUGUAAGCCAUUAGCCAUCACCAGGAACCCGCCGUCACGCGAGGCCGUAGGCUCGCAAGCAAGGUACGGUAUAAUCCACUCUUGGGGUCUUGGCUUGGGUUCUUGGGCUUGACGACGAGGAUCUCAAGGGUGUCAACUUGCCCUUUACGGUUCCAUGCGUGGAGGCGGGUCGACGCGGAGGCGAACGGCGAACCGUCCCUCUCUUCUCUGUAUCAGCUCACUAGAGUAAGGUAGGUAGUUAUAAUCAUGCUCCCUCUUCUUCUGACACCCGCUGCCGCGGGCCUCUCUCUUCUCGAUCGUUUUGUGCAUUUGAUUUGAUCUCACGAUACCAGUGACUCACUGACAAUAUGCGCAAUCCACCGCCAGAGGUGAUGGCCUCAUGGCCCCCGCCAAACUAUGUCAACCCUGUUCACCGUGGGCCUACACUGCUCAUUGUCGAGGUCACUAUCAUGUCUGUGGCCAUUCUGACACUCAUGGCCCGUUUGUACGUCCGCAUAUUCAAGGUCAACAAGCAUGGACUCGACGACUGGCUGAUGCUGGCUGCCAUGGUGUUUGGUAUUGGUGUCACUGUCUGUGUCAUUCUUGCAGCUCAGCUCUACGGCUGGAAUAUCCAUGUCUGGGAUCUCAAGAAGUCUCAGGCGGAAAAUGGUCGAAAGGUUUCACUCGCUGCUCAGACACUCUUUCUAUUUUCCUCGGGCCUGGCAAAGAACUCUAUCCUCGUCUCGUAUCUCCGUAUUGCUCCGGCCAAAUCUUGGCUUCGUCGUUUGACUUAUGCCUCACUGAUUCUUGUCACCUCACUCAUCUUCAUUUUCCUUAUUGUACUUUGGACACAAUGCAACCCAACCUCUGCAUACUGGAAGCUGGACGGAGGUGAUAGUUGCCGUCCCGAAGGACCUAGUGUACUGAGCCAAGCCAUUACCACUGUCAUCACUGAUCUCCUUGUCUGCGCCCUCCCUCUACAAACGCUCUUUCACCUAAAACUACCUUUCUCCCAACGAAUGGCCCUCAUUGUCGUCUUCUCUCUCGGCCUCAUCGUCGUCUUCGCAGCUUCUAUGCGCGCAUACUACACCCAUUAUGUUACCGAUGAAACCUACGAUGUCACCUGGCAGGGCUUCCACCUUUGGAUCUGGACAGCCGUAGAAGCCAACCUUGGAGUUAUCUGCGGCAGCAUACCGGCACUUCGACCCCUAUUCCGAAACAUGUUCCGAUCUAAGAGCAGCAGCUACUACAACAAGACGAACUCUCACGCUUACCCACCCGGCACAGCUCCAGGAGUUGUCACAGUCGUCACCAGCCCCAAGAAGAACUCCCGAAACUGGGCCGAUAGUUUACAACGAAGCUCGAAAGGAGUCAGGAUACAAGACGACCAUAUCGAUAUCGAAGGGGGAUACAACGAUGCUAGACGACAAAAGAGCUCAGAUAGUGGAGCGUCGUCACUCGAGAUGGACACGUGGCCACCAAGACCACAACCUAGAUCUUGGCCUACAAAUUGACGAGGCAUGAUAAUUUGAUAUAGUUUGGCGUUCUUGAACUUUGGGUGGGAUUUGGAUAAGCUUUACGAAGCUGGAAUGGGCAUCACGGAUGAAGAAAGGUCUAGGCAUCAAAAAAAGGAUUCAAACAGAACUUUGCUAUACUUACUUAGCACGACAUGAUUAAACACUUUUCGUUUUGCCCAACUAUUGAUCCCCAUUGCAAAGCUGAACGACAUCUUCUUCUCCCGCCGAGUGUAG